AUGGCGGGGGACGAAGGCAGGCGACAGCCUCCACCGCGGGGGGCUGCCUUCGGGUCCUCCCAGCCCCCUCUCCUGCCGCGACCCCUCCCUCCGCCUGCGCCGCCGCCUGCGCCGCCGCCUGCGCCGCCACCUGCGCCGCCACCUGCGCCGCCACCCCCCUGUAAUGCGGGCCGCGUCGGCGGCGCGAGCGUGUCUGCUUCCUUUCUCCCCGGGCGACCCGCGGCCUCCUACCGCUCGUUUUCUGCGUUCCGACCGGGCUCGCCCUCGGCGCGCGCGUACGCCGGAGGCCGCGGCGACGCCGACCCGCGGCAGCUGCUCAGCCCCGUCAUCCUCGAGGCUCCCGUUUCUUCCGCGCGUCUCGGCACCGCCUCGGCUUUGCCCUUCUCUGCGUUCGACUCCUCCCUACCCUCUCAGCAGGGCCGUGGCGCGCCGGUGUUUUCGCCGGCGGGGUCGCCGUCGCGCGUCGCUGGACACGCGUCUGCAUCCCGUUUGUCUUCCUUGCGCAUUCUGCCCACACCGGCGCCUGCGGCGGCGGCUGCCUCAUCGUCGCUGCGCUCGCCGCCGCAACGCGGACCCCCGUCCGCGAACGCAGCAGAGACGCCGGCGUCGAACCCAAGCGCCGCCGGGGGGGCGGCAGGCGCGCUGGCGGCGACGCGGCGGCGCCGGUGGGACGAGAAGCCCGUCGGCGCGCCGCUCGCAGCCGCGGAACCGGCCGCUGCCGAAUCUGGAGGGAGAGACGAGGAGGGCGCGGCGUCGCCGCCCUAUCUCUCUUCUUCGUUUGCUUCGUCUUCGUUCUCGCCGUCUCGACUCGGACUGCUUUCUCGUGCGCGCCGCGCCACAGAGGACGCCUCGGGGCCGCGGCGCGAGAGGAGGACUGAGGGCGACGAGCAACGCGACGCGCAAGGCCGCCGCUGCCCGCGCGCGGCAGAGGCCAAACUCGAGGCGUGCGCUCCGACACAAAGAAACGCAUCCGAAGAGCCACCCCAGCGGUCGCCGCGAGCCGAGGCCAGCGGGCGGCGGGACGACGAGCGAGACCGUGUGCAGCUCUGCUGGUCGCCAGGGCGACGCGAGCGUGCACGCGAGGACGUGAGCCGCGAACCUGUGGGAUGGAGGCGCGCAGAGAAAAGAGAAGGCUAUCGCGGGCUGCGCGCCGUUGCAGACGAGGAGACAAGGUAUGGACGGCGCGCGAGAGACGACUGUGUGCCGGCGGCUCGUCGGUUGUCGUCGGCGUCCGUAUCUCCGCCUCGAUCCGGUCGCCCCCACACACGCCGGUCCCCCUCUUCUUCCCGUUUUUCCGCGACUGCCAAGCCGCCCCGGAGCUUGUCUACAGAGGGCGAGCCUCGCUCGAUUUCGCGGCGCAGAAACUCUCCUUCUCGGUGCUCGUCCCCGCCGCGCGCCUCUGAAGCAGCUGCGUCUCUCCGCGGCCGCCACAGUCGCUCGCGCACGCCUCCAUCGCGCUCGCCCUCUCGCGCCUCUGAGAGCCGCACCGGGCGCUACUCGAGCGCCGCCCACACGCGGGAAGAAGACUGGGGAUGCGGAGAGCGUUCGCGCGCCCGCUUCUUCGCCUUCGAAUCGCCUGGAGAGACGCGCAGACGAGGCCGCUCUCCGCGCGAAUCCCGCUCUGUGACGAGGGGGGGGUUUGUGAAGCGAGGCGAGCGCGGGAACGAGCGACUCUGGGCAGGAGAUGACCGGGUGAGAAGAGACCUGUCAGGGUCGGGCGAGAGCGACGACUCUGAGCGGAGAGACAGACACGCUUGGCGCGACGGCAGGCAGAGCGGCAGAGACGCCUUUGAGCCCAAGCGGUGUGCGCUUCCGGGUCGUGGCGCGUUCGCGGCCGACUGCCACCCCCAGCGCCGAGAGGGAGAACGGAGAUCGCUCUCUCGAAACUCACGCGCUUCCUCGACAUCAUCCGGUCGGGCGGGUCGGCGAUGGAUCUCCUCGGCUUCGCGGCGCUCGUCGCCGCGUGAGGAGGCUCGACCCGGGCAUGCGGGUCGCGCGGGGCGAGCCCCCGGGCGGCUCUCGCCAUCACGCGCAGACCUCUCGCUGUCGAGCGGGGACCGGCACAAACGCGAAACAGACGCGCUGCGCUCCAGGUCGCCCGCGGGGCGCACCGAGCGGCGUGAUCCGCCGUCUUCGCCGCGGUAUCCGCGCGCCUCGUCGGUCCUGUCUCCACCGAGACGAGAGAGGCGUCCGCCGGCGAGUGACGACGAGUCCCCAGAAGAUGCGCGACGCGGAGGCGAAGCGCGGGAGAAGGAGCAUCACCCGCGCCGCGGAGGAGGAGCCGCGCCGAGCGGCCGAGGUGAGGCGACCGUCGGCACUCGUCGCUUUGGCGGCGUUCGCCUCCGCCACACCAAACUGGAUUCCCCAGCCUCGUCGCCGUCCUCUCCGCGAGGAGACGCGUCGCCUUCGUCCGAGCGCGGGGAGGCGCAGCCCCGCCUAUCGCAGGCGUCUAGAGGUCCACGCAUGCGCGGUCCUGGCGGUGAUCGCGCAACGCCGACGCUGUCGCCGCCAGGCAAGCACGCGCGGCGCAGCGGCGAGCGAAGCCCGAGGGGCUCGGCUGCAGAUGCAGCGCGAGCACAGCUGCGCGGCGACGAGGCUGUGAAGCCGGGACCCCAGCGGAGGGAAGCGCACGGUGUACUCGGCGAACGCGACGUGAGCGAAGACAGCGAAGGCUUCGAGAGCCUUGCGCCGUCGCCAUUGACCUCACGCUCGGCCUCCGCGUCGCCGAGCCUCGCGCGAGGGUCGCCCGGCGUGUCUCCUAUUUCGCCGCUGACGGUGAAGUCGGCGUCGCGCGCGCGCUGGCCGGUAGCGGAGUCGUCCAGUGGCUCAGACAGACGCCUCGAACCCGCGCGCAGCUUCGACACCCGGACGCCAGAAGCGGGCACGCCUGCCGGCCCGAGGCCUGUCGCCCCUCCCCGCGGCGGCGAGCGGCCUUUCGCCUCUGACGCGCCGUUGUCUGUCUCGGCCUCCUCCUUCUCGUUCGGCUCCUCUUCGCUCGCCUCGUCCUCAUUGUUGGCGUCAUCGCACUGGGCUGCAGGUCGACGUGCAGGUGACGCGGCGCUGUCCUCGCAGAGCGCCUUGCCUUUGUCGGCGGCGCCGCCGCUCUCUCCGCGGCCUGCGCCGUCGCACCAAACGGCUGCAGCGGAUCCGACCGGCGCCGCGUCUCGUGUCUUUGCGCCGGCACCGGUUCCUGGGGCGUCGCCUUCGUCUUCUACAGCUUCUUCGCUGUUUCGCGCGCAGCUGGCGGGGGGGGUGAGGAUUGCGUCGCUCGACGGCGUGCUGUCGCUCGCGGGCCUGGGUCGCGCGCCGCCGGUGGACGAAGUCUUUGAAUACGACGAGGAAUACGAGCGCUUCGGCUUCUUUCCGGCUAUCAAAACGUAUCCACGACCCGAGAGGCGACGACGUGAGCACGAGAGGCAGGCGCGCGCGGCGGCCGAGGCGGCUGACACCGCGACGGCGACAGGCGACGCGCGUGAGACGAAGCGCGAGGGCGCAGACAAGAGUUCCGCGAUUGGGACAUCUGGAAGCACGGGGGACGCGUCGCCUCGCCGCGACACGCCAGGAGACCGAGGAGACGCGGCGACGGCCGUUACAGGCGAGAGAGCGAAGCAGGGCGGAGAUGGUGGGAGGCAUGACGGGGAGAAGAAGAAGAAAAAGAAGAUGGCAGAGGGAGCGAAAGACGGUCUUUCAACCGAGGCGUUGCUAGCCGCUCUGCGGGCGCAAGGAGAGGACGCCGACAAGAAAAUGCUCGCCAAGCUGGAGAGGAAGCUUUUGCGAAAACAACAGAAGAAGGAGCAGAAGCGCCUGGCAAAACUGCAGGGAGCCGCAGACGCUGCGGGAGACGGGAAGACGCGCACGAGCGACGGAAAGGAACACGACUCGGGGGAGAAAUCCACGACUCAGGCGACAGCCCCAGAGCCCAGCGAGGAGAGACAGGAAGGGCGAGACGCGGGGGACGGCGACCCAGCGUCGCUGAAAGGUCAGGCGGCUAGACAAGGCAAAGAAAAGGAAGACGGCAGUGCACGAAGGGGCUCCCAGGGAGAUGCUGCGACGUGGCCUGGCGCGGGCGAAGCCGAGGAAGGAGCAAGCGCCCUUACGACUGCCGACGCGGCACUCGCCAAGCCAGGCUCCUCGAAGGACGAUAUCUCCCGAGCGAAGCAGCGGGCCUCCAGAGACGACCUCGACACGAAACCGAGGGGCGGACGCGGAGAGACGAAACAGCAGUCGCCCGAGGCCGGCGAGGCUCUGGCAGACGCAGCAGCCGCUGCACCACCGGGAGCGGCGCAGAUAGCGGCAGAAGAGGAGAAGAAAGAAGAGGCGGAGGUCGCGAGCGUGGCCUCUGCGAAGACGUCUCCGCGUGCCACAACGAGCGCGCGCAGCAAAGAUGCGCUGCCGAGAGAACUGCUGUCACUGCUGCUUGACGACUUCCUCAUUGCGUCCUCGAGGAGACGAAAACCCGCAGCCGCUGCGUCGUCGUCGAGCGCGGCUGCGUCUGCCAAGCUCCCCCGGGCAGCGGAGGGCGGGCGCCGGCGCGUGAAGGAAGAGCGCUGCGACGCCGAAGGAGCCGAGUCGACGACCCCGGCGCGGGAGAGGGGGGAAGGCGCUGGCGAGCUGCGCGUGCCGGAGGACGCUGCGGAGGCGGGAGACAGGAGCAAGGCAACGCCGCGCGAAGGCGCCGUUCUGCGUGGCUCCAGCGCUGCUACGCCGGGUUUAAGCCAGAAAGGAAAACGACGAAAGGAGCCGACGACUGCCGACCUUCCUGAGGACGCCGCGGCGGAGGGCGCCGGCGCGUCGCCGCUCAAGAGCAAACUCCGCGACGUCGUGAAGGCCGAGCUGGAGAGCGAGGACGACAGCCGCGAGCGCUCCUGGGAGUCCUUCGAGAUGUUUCGCGUCGGCGACUGGACGCGGGAAGUGGCGCACAAGUUCGCGUCGAGCUUCGGCGAGCAGCUCUCCGACGUAGAGCUGGGAAGACGGAAACUUCUGCACUGGGACGAAGAGGAAGAAGAGAUCCUCUGCGCGGCGCUCGAGGGCCGGUUGCCUAGCGCGCCGGAGGGCGGGAGGGCUGGCGAAGAGGCGGCGGACGACGACUCUGCGCGCGGCCUGAAGGACGCGGCGAAGAAGGCGAAGAAAGUCGUCCGGCGUGCCCACAAGGAGGACGACGCUCUCGCGCUGCCACCAACCGAGUCUGCGGAGGAGGCGCGUGCAGACGCGCCUGCUGCACCGGAAGGCGACGGCGACGCGGACAGGGGCGACGAAGGCAACGAAGGCGAACCCGCGGAAGACCAGCAGGGCGGCGACCAGGGGGAGACCGACCAGCUGGCGCAGGGGACAAACAGCAAAAAGCGAAAGCGGCGAUUUUCGUUUGACGACCCAGACAUGGAAGAAAAACUCACUCCGAACGACCCGCUGUAUGCCUGCCUGAUUGAAGGCAGCGCUGUCCGGCUGACUCGGCGCAUGAUGAAGCAGUUACACGACGAAGAACCGCUGCCGCCUGCGCACCUCGCGUUUUCUCCUUCGUCUCGUCUCGCGGCGUCGCCAUCAGCGGCGGCGGCAGGCGCGGGAUCGCCCAGCGCCGCCGCGCUCUCGAGAGACGACGGCGCGCCGCUGGCGUUGCAAGAGCACGCCAGCGGGCUAGGACGAUUUGCCCCGGGGAACGGCGUCGGGCGCCGCCGCGGCGAGAAAGGGCAGAAACUUGGCGCGGAGUUCGAUGAGGAAAAAGAGAAGGGCAAGGAUGGCGCGCCCACGACCGGCGCGACGCCCCCGUCCGGCUCCAUCCCUUCUCUGCUGGGCGGCGCGGCGCUCCACACGCUCGGGAGGCGAGUUGAAGUGCGCGACGACGCUCAAGGUUUUUCGUACGUGGGCUGUCGCGUGCGCGUGGUCCGUAGCUGGCGCGACGAGAAGCAGCGCAGCACCUGGGAGUGGGGCGAGGGCGUGAUCAAGUUUUUCCUGCCAAAGUUCCGAAUGUUUUUCAUUCAUUUUCUGCUCAACGCCAAAGGAACCGACGCGGCGACCCCGGCUGACGCGCCGCCGUUGGACCUGCGCAACGAGGCGCUCGCGUUCGCGCCGGACGCCCAGCACCGAGGCUGGUUCUCUUCGUCGCACGACAUCAUUCGCCUCGUCUCUUCGCGGCGCGUCUGGGAGAGACCUGAGUGGCUCGCACGCCGCGAGCAAAGAUCCGCCAGGCGCGGCAGAGAUGGCGCAGAUGCAGGUCAGGAGCGGAAGGAAGGCAGUACGGCUGACGAAAGCGACGGGGAAGAAAACCCACCCUCACGGCGGGCGGUCGCCAGCAGCAACCGAGAGGACGACUCGCGCGAGGCAGGCACACCAGACGCUGAGGCGAAAGACGGAGUCGGGAUAGUCAGCGACGAAGCGGGCACCGGAGCUGCAGCUGACCUGCGCCAGGAGAAAGCUGCCGAAGAGACGAGCCGCGCGGAGCGAAGGAGUGAAGCAGGCAGACGUGAAGAGAGCGCAGGGCUCCAGAGUGCGGGGGACGUGAAGGCCGAGGAAGACGAUGCCUCGUCUCCGGAUCGCUCACGAAGUCUCUCUGGCUCGACUGAGAAGGCCUCACGCGCGUCGCCCGAGUCCCGCUCGCCUUCGCCGCGCUCGUCCGGGUCGCCGCCUCCGCGACCGCUCUGCAGGACGUGCUGCAAACCAGUUUCCGUCAUUCGAACCGGGGCCGUUGACACCCUCACGUGGCAACCUGCCGUUUUUUCGCUUUCGCCUGAAGAGCUUCAAGCUUGCUUGCCGCCAGUCGAUGCGUUGGCCGCGCCUGACCAGUCGGCGCCGCCCGCGUCGUCUUGUGGGUCUUCUGCGGGGCCCCCAGGCCCGUCGGGCGCUCGCGCCCCACGGGGGCCUCACGGACCCGCUGGAGCCUCGGGCACAUACGAUAUUGUCACGGCGGAAGAGGCCCGCGCGCUCGCCGCCUCCUCCAAGGAACAGAAAGUCCUGGAAGUCCACUGGGGCCUGCGGUGUGCGCGUUGCGAGCGCGUCUUCCACGCCUCCUGCAUUACCCCGGCUCACCAAAGACAGAUCGCCGUCGGCAUGGACGAAGAGUCUCUGUGCGAGGAGAGCGCGCGCCACCGGCGUCUGAUUGCCCGCCGCGAGGCUGCGAUCAAGGCGUACGCGAAGAAGCAGGCGGAGAAGCGUGAGGCAGAGGCUGCUGCGGCGCAGCUGCCAAAGGGCGGAGACCCCACAGAGGAUGAGCGCGAGAAGAAGCGCAUAGCGACUGUCUCCAAUGUGGGGCGAGACGCGGAGCGGGGCUGCGAUGCCGGCGGCGCGCCUCUGAAGAGAGAAGAUAUCGAAGACGGCAGCGUGUACGGCACGAGCGCAAGGAAUGGGCGCAGCAAGAAGAGUAAGGAAUCCGGCUCAGAGACCUCGGGCGGCGGCGGAGACAGUCGCGAGGGGAGUCAGCCGCCGGGCCUCUUCCAAGGGGGCGACCGCAAGAGGGAAUGGGCAGAAGACGUGAAUCUUCGCAAAGGCGACUCGCCUCCACCGUCCGCAGCCCUGCGCCUUGACUUCUCCCCCCGCCAAAGCACAGGGGCGCCGCCGACUUGCCACAGGACUGGCGACGCUGCCUCGUCGUCGAGAGAGGCGGGCGAAGCUGCGUGGCGGUCGUCUUCGGCGCGCGACGCGGACGCUCAGGAGGUGAGCUCAGGCGCGUCGCGCUGCGAAUCCGCAGCGACCCUAUCGUCGUCGCCGCUCGCUGUCUCGGCAGGGGCCGCCGGUUCCCCGUCCCAGUCUCGCAUCUGCUUGCUGUUCGUUCCCGAGAUCGUGCCGCCAGCCUUGUCGACGCCGUCGCCGCCUUCGGCGUCGUCGCGGAGGCGGCGAGAGGAGAGGGUGGGGGGGCGGGCUGCGCGCGUCUGGGACGACUGGGUUUGUGCGGACUGCGCGACGUGUCGCUUUUGCUGCGAGGCGCUGAGUCUGCCGCCGCUGGGACAGGAGGCGGGCUACGUCCUAGGCGCGCCGACGAGUCAGCCGACAGUCAACUGCCACUCCUGCAACAUGUACGCGCACGGCGCCUGCUGCUACCCGCCGGUCCCCGAGCUGCAUCCGAUCGCGACGUUCCGCUGCGACGCCUGCACGCGCUGCCAGAGCUGCGGCUACGUCGACUUGUAUUGGCCUGAGUACGCCAACUGGGACAUCAAGUUCCAGAUGUGCUCCACUUGCCACUGCGCCAUCGAAGCGGGUCAGUUCUGCCCUGUCUGCAUGCGCGUCUGGGGUUUCGACGGCCUGGACGACCUCACGCUCCCCCUCGACGCUGCUGGCCUCCUCGGCGACAAACCCGCAGACGCCGCCCCGCGCGACGACCCAGAGGAGGAGAGAGGCGGCCGCAGAGUCGAGGGCAGCGGCAGCGCGCUUGUCGAGUGGGUCCUGUGCGACGGCUGCCGCCUCUGGGUGCAUGCCAAGUGCGACGGGCUCUCCGAGGCUCACAUGGAGCGACUUGCCUCGCGGGACGUUCUCUACAGGUGCCCGGUGUGUCGCGGCUCUUCGCGCUCACUCAAGUACAAGCGGCUGCUGGACCAGCUCGUUGCUUUCGACAAGAGUGCGGAGUUCACGCUGCCUGCGGCCGCGUCCUUCACGCUCUACUGGCGGGUAGUGACUCGCCCGAUGGACCUCACGACGAUGCGCCAGAAGCUGCAGCGCGGAGCAUACAAACGCGACGAGGAGGUCAUCGCGGACCUGCGGCAGAUCUUCCAUAACGCGCGCAUGGUGAACAUGCCCAACACGCGGACCUAUCGCAGCGCGGUCGCAAUGGAGCGGAAGGCGCACGAGCUGCUAGUGGGGAUCCUGCAGCUGACACCCAGCAAGAUUCUGAAGCGAAAGGGCGAGCACCGGAGCGAGCGCGGCGCUGCCGGCCGAGAUGCAAACCUUUUAGAUCUCCUCGGCGAGUAUGAGCAGCAGGAGGACUCGCAACCGCUGACUGCCGACGCGGCGCACGAGGAAGCCAGAGGCGCGGCGACGGUGACGCGGAAUCUGAGCGCGACCGGCGCCGAUGCCGCGGUCUUCCGCGGGAGAUCGAGGUCCCUCGGCAGUCGACGGGACAGCGAGCAAGCGGAGAGCGAAGAGGCAGAGGCAAGCGCCGCCGCCUGCGCGCGCGAGGUCGACGACGGCGCGCGCGCGUCCUCGGUGUCCGCGUUGGACUCGCGAGACACGCUGCUUCAGCUCGGAUCCACGGAGGUUGCCUCUUCGGCAGCGGCAGGGCAGGCCGCGCCGACGGACAGACGCGACCGCGGGUCGCGAAGAGAAAGUGCCGAAGGCGACAUCGACUGCGAGCGACUGCAGACUGAGGGAGACGAGCUGGCGGCCGCGCCCGCGGAGGCGGCGCCGCCAAGCACACAAGCAACAAGCGUGGCCGAUGGUGCGCAGGACACAUCCGCGCCAGUCCCAGUCGAGCAGGAGAAACAGUUCGCUGUCGUCCGGUACCCGGCAAAGUACGACAGGCUGCCCGUGCCUCCACCGAAGCCCCUGGAGACACUCGCUGACCUCUGCAUGCUGCCCUCCGACGCGGUACCGCUGCUCACGUCUCCGGCGACUAUCCUUCCUGUGACCUUCGCAUGUGGCUUUCCGCUUGCACCCUCCUCGGCUGUCUCCGUGCCUCAGUUCCCCCCGACGUUUCAGCUGGCGUUCGCGUCGCCUUCGGCCUCGUCGUCGUCCUUCAUUCCCGCGUCGCUGCCCCUCGCACCUCACGCGGUGCUGGGCGCAGGCCUGUCGGCGCUCCCGCCGCCGGGGGAGGGCGAGGAGCCGUACCUCUUUGAGCUGCCUUCUCGCUGUGCGUUUUUCGACUUGCCAAACUCGAGGGAGACCGGCAAAAGGAAGAAGGGCGCCCUCGACGACGAACGCAGAGCGAGAAGCAGAACUCUCGGCGAGGUGACGGGCUCGCCGCGCGCCACGGUCGCUCCGCAGACCCGCAAGGCCAGCACGGGCGCAGGAGCCCAUACCCCGGCCGCAGGGUUCUGUGCCGCAGCUGGCGAGAAGAGGAAAAAGAAGGGAAGGCGACUAGGGCGACCCGUAGCGGGAGGCGACAGAGCUGCGGGCCUCGGUGCACAGAUGAGCGGGCUUCCCUCGCUGGGCGAGGGCGACGACGGAUGUCUUUUCAGCGUCAGCGAGGCGGCCGCGCAGGAGAGCCACUGCGCAGACCGCGGGAUUGGGCUUCACCGAUCGAACAGCGGAUGGAUGGUCUCAGAAGACGGGGACGAAGGCGACGAGGCGCGAGGCGAAAACAAAGAGAACGCAAAGCCGACAAGCCGCGCGCUCGAGGAUGCCGCCGGGCCCCCCCCCAUCCUUCCCCGGUUCACCAGCGUGAUGCCCGCGGCGGAUAGGCCGGAGGAUUUCCUCUGCGCGAUCGAUGCGCUAUACGGCCGCGGCGGCAGCGCAGGGAGAAAGCGCGGGCGGGAGGAAGCGUGGGGGGGGCGGCGUCCCACCCCUCCUCGCCAAAAAGCCGUCAAGCACGAUCUCGCUGUCGAGGGAGACCGCGCCACGAAUUCGAGCAAAGCCCAAGCGCCCGAGGCCGCGUCAGAGAGCGACGGCGAAGACGCGGAGGCGGCCGGCGCGCUCUUCGUGGACUGCUGCGCUCUGUGCGGGUCCGCGGCAGACGCGGAUCUCCUCUACCACUGCCCCUCCUGCGGGGAGUCGUUCCACGCGCAGUGCGUCGGCAUGGCUCCUCCGUCGGCCUCGACUUUCUUUGCCUCUUCGGCGUCGUCUGUGUCCGCGGAAUGCCCCAGCUGCGCAGUCUGUCUGGCCUGUGGGGAGCCGGAACCGUGCCUGCACCUCGAGGACGUUCGAAACAGACGCAAGGAAGUCGCAGUGGAGCCGCCGGAAGCGUCCGGCGUAGCGCGGGAAAGGCCGCUGGCGAGCGCCCUCGGCGCAGCCUGUCUCGCCGCCGCGGCGCCUCACGCCGAGACUCAGGGGGCAGACGCGUCUGCCUUCUCUUCGCCGGAGUCAGCGGAACGAAAAGAGGCCUUCCGCACCCAGUUCAGCCUCUAUCGCUGCGGCGGGUGCGGCGUGGCUGCUCACGCCGACUGCAUGUGGAAGAAGCACGGAGCGAGCCAGGCUUCUGCGCCUUCCUCAGCUCCUCUUGCGUGGGCGCUGCUUCCCCUCUCCGGCUCGCUUUUUCCUGCGUCCUCGGCGUCUGUGGGCGCCGCCGCAGGGGUGGCGGUGCCCGCGGGAUUCAAGCCAAGCGCGCCGCAGCCUCGCCCUGCGACCCUCCCGCCUGCGUGGAGCCCGUCGACAGCUACGCGCCCCCCACCACUGGGGUCGCUUCCGGGGCACUUGCCCCCGGCGGGCGCUCAGCACCUUCCAGCGUCGGCUGAAGCGAGAGGGAGACUUCAGCUGCCUUGGCUCCCAGGAGUUCCGGGCCGCGCGCCUAUGGCGUCCCGCGCGCCGCUGUUGGCUUCAGCCGCUGCGCCCUCCGCUGCGCCCUCGGGCGCUGCGUCGCUUGUGGCUUCUUCUGCCGCGGCGGGACUGGCGUCGGCGGCCUCCGCCCCCCCGGGGCCGGGCCGGACGCGACGGCGGAGUUCGCGGCAGCUUUGCGUGCGCAGGGAGUCCGACGCGCGGGCACUGAAGGCGAGAACUUUCUGCUCGGCGAAUCCGCCGGACAGGCGCUUCAGGAAGGAAGCGAGAAGCGCCCGACGCGCGAGGCCACUGCCGCCGCCGGUGUGGUGUCCGGCGGGCGAGGGGUCGUCGGCGUCCGCGGCGCCGCCCUCAGCCUCGGCGCCAGCUACGUCGUCAUCGUUGCUUUCUUCGUCGUCUUCGCCUGCGGGCGCGCCGUCGACGGGGUUGAGCGCGCGGCGGCGCGCCUCUGGAGAGGAGAUCUCGAAGGGACGGGCUCAGGAGACCGCCGGGGCGGCGCACACGUCGCGCGCGCAGCUGCUCUCUGAGCUCGCGAAUCUGUUCCGCGCGCUCAAGUUGCUGGUGCGGCAUCUCGGCUGGCGCCCCGUUGUGAUAGCGCAGCUCUUGGGCUCGUCGCCGGAGACUCUCUACCGCAUCCUUAUCCAGCUCAAACACUCGCCUUUUAUGGGAGACGAAGGCCAAAAUAUUUUGCAGUGGUGCUGCUACAAAGCGCUGGAAGCGAACCAAGUCUUGCCUGGGUUCGAAGGCGUCCGCAUGCCGCCGCCCUCGGACCUAGGCUCUCCCCCGCCGUCGGGCCCUGAGGUCCUCGCGCGCCUAGCCGCCCUCCGCCAGGCGCAUGCGCCACCGUUGGCGCCUUCCCCGGCUGCGUCGUCUGCGCCCUCCGCUGCCCUGCGACAUGCUCCAGAGCCCCCCCAGAAUUCGGCCGCGCAAGCAGGUGCCUCGCCCGCAUCGGCGACGUCGGCGUCGACUCGCGACCUCGCGUCCCCGCCGCCCCUCGCGCUGCCGUCAGGAGCUGCUGCGUCGCCCCCCGGCAGCCAGGCGUCGGGCGUGGACACUUCUUCUCUUGGUCUUCUUCCCUCCCUUCAGCGGCUGCAAGCGACGACUGGAGCUGCCGCAGGGCCCGCUCCAGUCGCAGGGGCUGCGCCUGGGCUCGCGGCGGCCGCUGGGGGAGUCCCGAACGCAGCCCCGCCUGGCGGCGGCGCCGCCCCCCCGGCCGCUGUCGCCUCUUCCGUCUCCUCCGGUGGCGCGCCGUCGGCUGGCGGCUUGUCGAUUGGCGGCUCGUCGGCAGCUGGCCCGAGGGGCGGCGCCGUGGUGAGUCCGGAGCAGCUUCUGGUGAGUCACAUGCUUCUUCAGAACUCGAUUGCCUCGUGUGUGUCGCCCGGACCGCGGCUGGCGGCGACGCAGGCGGCGGCGCUGCAGCCGUUGCGCGCGAAGGAGAGAGAGAAGCAGAGGGAGACGCUGGAUCAAGCGAAACCCGCGUUCGCGUCUUCUGCGAGCUGCGCCUCGAACGGAGACAUGACGUCUCUAUCUUACGCAAACUGUCCCCCGCCUGCGCUCCUCUCCGCGGCAAGCCGGCACGCCAGCGGUACCAUCGAGCUAGGCGACGCUAAGAGCCUAGCGCCGAACAUCCGCGACAAAGGCGACUUAGGUGCGCAGUCGGAGAAACGAACCGGUCAUGUCGCGCAUGCGUCCCGUGUCGCUGCGCACUCGCAGCGGCAGCCAGAGGCCGUUAGACCGACCGGUGCUUCGGAGGUAGACGUAGACACGGCAAAACCCAACGCCACUUGCGACGGCGCGACGCGCAGCGCGCCGUCUCUUCCCCGCGGGCAGGCUGCGGACCCGCCGGCGAACUCGGUCAGCGCGGAAGCGGAGGCGCUGAGUGCCUUGCUUUCCAGCUGCUUCCCGGCCUCGCUUUCUGGCUGGGCAGACGUUUUCAAGGGCGGCGGGGGGUCGGAUGGGGAUGAGCAGGGCUUCCGCGCACCCGACGAGGAGAUGCAGGCGCGCGGCGAAGAAAGGCAGCUUCGCCAAGAGAGCCUGCAUCGAAGCUCGCCCAAACUCUGUGCCGCCCUCGCGCGAACGGCCACCUGUCUGAGAGGCGAUGCGGCUCCACGCGCUGGCGGACAGCGAGACGACGGCGAGCAGCUCGACAGGGCGGCGCAAAGACGCGCAAGGCAGAGAUGUGCGCCGCGGGGCAUCGGCGAGCUCAGCGUCGUCGGCCUGUCGGUGCCUGCCCUCGCACAUGCUUCCGCCGAGGAACGCCGCGACAGGGACCCGUCGCUGGCGGCUGCAGACUUAAGCGCCAUUGAAGAAGACUGUGAAGCCCCGAGCAAGAGAGUGGAACGCGCAUUCAGGCAGGAAGGCGUGCACGCGACCGCCCCGCCUUCCGGCGCGUGUGACGAUGCGUCUUCGAACAGCGUGCCGGCGUCAUCGAUUUCUCCCUCAGACUCUCCGCCUCCAUCGCUCGCCGUCCCCCGAGGCCACGCAGGCUCGCCGGCGUUAGCAGUUCUCCAAGAGCGCCUCAAGGGUCUGGCGCAGCCCCCCGCCCCGUCGCCCGCUUCGUCGGCCUCGUCGACCUCCUCACCCGGCGCAGCGGCGGCCUCGCCGCCUUCGUCUCUCUUGUCGUCUCUGUCAGCGAGCGAAGUCCAGCAGCUGCUGUUCUCUUCCUCCGGGCUCGCGCACAUGACCCCAGAUCAGCAGCGGACAGCCCUGCGCUCGCUGCAGAGACAGAUCGCCUCCGCAUCGCCGUCGCAGGCGCCCGCGACGCCCGUGGCGGGGCCCGCAGACAGCCGCGGCGGAGGGAAGCUUCCCUUCCCUCUGGCGACUGCCCUGUCGUCCACGUUCGCCUUCGCGACGGCGGGGGGGCCGCCGCACAAACCGACUGCGGCCGCCCUCAACGAACGAGAUGGACAUUGGCAUGCAGCCGAAGGCCUAGGCGGCGCCGAACUUCCAGGCGGAGGACAGACGGAGGGGCAACAAGCGGACUUACUCCUUCGACUGGCGCGGCAGCGGAGCCAGUUGGGCCCCCAGGUCCAGCAGGCGCAUCCGACGCAGAUGACCGCGGCUGAGCAGAGUGCGCGCGCAGCCUUUCUUCAGCAGGCGACUCAUCAGUUGCGAAGCGCCAUCCUUCAGGCGUCGUCUUCUUCCUCGGCCGCCUCCUCCCCGUCGCCUGCGGCCUCUCCAGUCUCCACCUCAGCCGUGCCGCCGGCCGCUGCCCUUCAUGAGAAGCUUCAGGCCUUGCUGCUUCAUCUUCAGCAGCACGCCCAUCAAGCGCAAGGCACCGCCCAGCCCCAGUCUCUCCUGGACUCGCUCGGGGCGUCGGGCGCGCCUCUCCCGAGCCAGACGCAGGGGCAGGGCGCCUGCAGAGAAGCGAGCAGUCAUGAAGAGGCGGAGACGCGUCUCGGUCUGAGCGCGGGGCCAACUGCGGCGGCGCAAGUCAAGAAGCGACACAGGGGCCCGGGGUCUGGACUCCAGCAGGACGCGGGCUCCGGGGCGGGUAGCCGGAUCUGCUGGGUGGGGUCGCCUCAGGCGACGGAGACACCGAGUCCAGGGUCGGCGCUGCGCACGCAUGGAACCAGCCAGGGGAUGCAGAGUGGCGCACUGCACCACCUGGGAUCGGUGCAAGGUCUUGCUGCGGACCCAGAGGGACCAGGGAAGCCCCUUCCGAGCCGCCCGCCCUCCUUAGGGGCCGCGGGGAGCCUCGCGGCUAAGGGUCCUCUGCCAGCCCUUGCGCGUCCGCAGGCGAAGGCCGCUGAGGGCGUCCAGCCGCUGCCGCUGCGGCCGUCACCCUCGCUUAGCCCUUCCCUGUUUGUCGGCCGAGCGGGCGCAGGGUAUUCACAGCAGCAGGGAGGCUUCUUCCCCCCGCAUCCGCUUGCGUGGACUACCGCUGCCGCCGGCAGCGGGGCGACAGUGAAUGGGUCGUCGAGCCCGGCAUGGAGUGGAGUGAAUAUGCCUCUGCAGCAGAACACUAGUGGACCGAGCCUCCAUGCAGCGGGGGCGGCGACUGCGGGCGGUGCGUCGCCGCCGCUCCACGCGCGUCCGUUUUCUUCUCCACAGACUCAGAGGUACCCGCCCGCGAGUCUGCACACGCAGCAGCAGCCUCCGCCGUCCCUUCCGCCUGCAUCUGUCUGUUCGGUCGCCUUCGCGACUGGACACGGAGUGCAGGCCUUCCGGCCGUCGCCGCCCGGCUUGCCCUCGGCCUCCGUGCCUCGAGGAGACAGGGGGUCAGGCGGCGGCAGCGGCCGACUCGACGGCAAAGCGAGGGGCGUCGACGCGCGCCUCUUGGCCGGUGCUCGGGGCACGUAUCCUACGGCGCUCUUUGUAUCGCCGGGGGUGGCGCCAGUCGCGUCGUCCUUCGCGGCGGCUGACGACCAGAGACUUUUGCAUGAGAGGCUGGACAGAGAGCGCGCGGCGCGGGCGCUGAUGCUGGGCGGUCCCCAGGACCGACGGCAGCCGUGUGCCCCCUCUGUCGCGGCCUCCCUCCACCCGCAGCUCCUGCGACAUCAGCAGCCAGGGCUCUUCGCCCCGCCCCUUUCGGCCGCCGAGCCUCUGGGGCCUGCCUCGACUGUGGGAGCCCAAGCUGCGUGGAUUGCGGGCGGCGCGAGGGCGCUGGCAGCGGCACUGGGCAGUCAAAAUGCAGGGAUGACGUGGCGGACUGCGUGGGCGUUCCCAGGCAUGGACGAGCCCAAUGAGAAGAAAGCAGGAGUCCCAACCGACGCCGGCGGAAAAGCCGCGAGGGAGGCGAGGGAGCGCGCGGACGAAGGCGCCGACGCUCAGGAGGCGUCGAUGCUAUUCUGCGGAGACUGCUGGCGACGAGGCCAGCAUGGCAGACAACGAGAAGGCGCCGAGGGGGGUCAGAACUGCGACGUCGCGGCUGAGCUCGACACGGCGAAGCUCGCGCUGAUCACGAGAUCUGCCUUUCUGCCGCAGCAGAUGCUUCUGCUCCCAAACAACGGAUACGCAGCUGGUGGCGCGGCUGACGAUACCGUGAGGAAACUGGGUGCCGGGGCGGACAGGGAUCUCGUUGUCAAAUGCGGGUUCUGCGGCCGCAUUGAAAGCGCCCCGUCGUCGCUCGCGGCCGCGGUGGUGCCCUCUGCCGCGGCUCGUGGAGGCCGGCUGUCUCCGACCUUGCUUGCCGCCUUGCGAGCCGCCGCGCGCAAGGUCGCGGCCUCUCCCUGUGCGGCGCCGAUAUCGAACGCUGCUUUGUCUGCAGGAGAGGGGCUUACCUCUCAGACUGCAGCUGAAGCUCCGCAGACGCCCGCCGCCUCUGCGCGAGGGGAUACGGUGCCUGGGAAGAAGGCGGCCGCUGCAGGCGCAUCGGAGGACCAGGGCGGCCGUGAUGCCGGCGAAGAGCCGCGCGGCGUGGGAGAAGAGGAAGGCGACGAGGCUGAGGAAACCGCGGUGAUUGCGCGUCGUCCGCUGGUCUUCCUGAACGGCCUGCAGGGAGUUUGCUCACGCUGCUGCCCUCUAGACUUCUGGGGCGACGGCGACUGCGUGAUGCGUGCUGAGAUCAGCCGCUUAGCUGUCGCGGGGGUAACGAGCCCAGAGGAGGCCGGGGUCAUUCGAGAGAGAACUCUGGUGGAAAACGCAGCGGACGAUGGAAUAGCUCAGAACUGCGAAACAGGCGACUCGAGGAGAAAAAAGCAAGAUUCCCCUAUUGCUCGCAUAAUGCUCUUUCAGACGUUGAGGCCGCUGGUCGCGACCGUCGUAAAGGCCUUCAUCGGCCCGAAGCAGGGCACAGAGAAGCCGCAACGGCGCGGCAGUCCUGCGCCGCCGGCGCGCUCGUCGCUGCCGCUUGCUGAGGCGGUUGCGCUUUUCACAUGGAUGCUCGUUGCCGCCUUAGAGAAGCGCGAGGGAAGAAAGGGCAAGCAGCGCGACGAAGGAAAAAUCGAAUCACGCCAACAGCAAGCCGCAGAGUCGCAGGCAGAGGACGACGGAAACGGAUUCAGCGCCCCAGGCCCCGUUAAAGAUGGAGGCGCAGAGAAGCGUCCUCAUGGAGUAACUGGAGGCGAAGAGACUGCGAACGCGGCCCGCGUCAACUUGAGGGAUAUAUGCUCUGCGGCACUUACGUGGCUCAUCAGGCAUCACGCGAAUUUGCCUCCGGUGAAGGCGGUCGUUGCUGCGGCUGUCGCGGGUUCCGCGGAAGCCGACGACGGCGACCGCCUCGCCCAGAAGGCAACAGACAGCGACGUGUCCCCAGAGGCAGACUGGCUGGCAUCUCUGUUUGAAGCGUUUUACAGUCUGUUCCCCGAGUGGGCGCCCGCGCAAGCGAUCAAGAUAGGGAACGGAGCCCGGCAUGUCAGCGCGACUGAGGCGGGCGCCGACCUGGAAGCCCGGCAAACAGGCAAGGACGCUGAAGCUGACGAACCUGCCCACGCGGAGCCGCUGUGGACGCAGCAUCGCGCACACGUGAGAUCCUUCUUCUCACCCUUCGUCGGGGCUGCGUCUCUGCCGCCCACGUUUGGGAUCGACUUGUGGUCGCCUUCGCCGUCGGCUUUCCAGCCGUUCUCCGCGUCCUCCGUCUCCUCUUUCUGCGCGGCGGUCCGCGCGUCCGCAGGCGCCCGCGGCCACGUCGCCCUCGAGUUCAGCCUCCGAUGCAACUUGUGGGCGCUUCUCGAGUUUUCGUUUCACCGCCAGAGCUCUCCGCAGCAACUGGUCACCUCGCCACCCACGGCUGGAGCCUCGUCGCUCGUGGCGUUCGCCCCGAGCACGCGAGACGCCGCCCCUUCGCUGCUUGUGCGGAUUGUCGCGCUUCGCCUGCGUCAGGGCGACCCGCCGCGCGUCCGCCGCUCCUCGUCGCCCUCUUUUACGUCUGCUUCUUCGUCGUCUUCGGCGUCCUCGCUGCCGACGUGUGCUCUCUGCGGCGUGCGCGGCGACCGGCUCGUCGCAGGCCGCCUGCUGCCGUUUGGCGCGAGUGUGUUUUUGCACUCAGAGUGCAUUGCCUGGUCGGUAGACCCUGUGCUGCUUCCGCCUCUCUUCAAUCCUCGUCUUCCGCUCCCCGCCUUCCCGCCGAUCGCUGGCGCGAGCGACCUGCGGGCUCUGCCGCAUCCGCAGGCGGGCAAGGGGUGCGCAGAGGAAACGCAUGUAACCGGGCUCCGCGCGGAGCUCGACGGCGUCGAGGCAAUCAGGCAAGGACUUUCGCGAACGCCUUCGCUUGGAAGUGGCAGGGUCGAGGGCUCCGAGCUGGUAGAGACGAAGAGGGAAGCGGAGGACGGGGGCAGUCUAACGGAUGCGGCGCUCAACGCGACCUGUCAUCCGCUUUCGGCGGCUUCCGCUCGCGCCCAGUCCGUGGCGCGCCCGCUGACGCUUCCUGAGACACUACACGCGUUUGCAGAGCUGCCGGCCUGCCUGCCGCCUAUAGAGAUUCCGAGUGAGGAGGUCGGGGAAGUCCUCGCGGACGCAGCGGUUUCGCGGUGCCUGUGGUGCACGAAGCUUGGCGCCUCUGUCUACUGCUCUGCGCCAGAGUGUCCAGUGAAGGUUCACCUGGCCUGCGCCUUCGAGGCCGCGACUUGCUCGAGACACGAGAGGGAUUCUCCCGGCGCCGCCGCCGCCGUCUCUUCGGCACACGCGUCAUCUGGCGUGGCUGGCGGCGGGGACUGCUCAGAGGCUCAGCGCGAAGAGGCAGAGCUCGACGGCGAUGCACAGAGCGUCGGCGACCCGGGCGUGCAACGAAUGAGAAAGGAAGGAGCGGACCGACCGACGUUUCCAGUUCACAUUCUCUUUUCGCGCCGACAAAUCUGGUGUCACGCCUGCUGGACGUCUUUUCAGCCUUCUUCAUCCCCUUCGUCUUUCGCCCGCGACGGCUCGCCGCGUCUGGGCGGCGCCGACCCCCUCUUCCAAGCGCUCGAGGGCCUUUCCGGCAGCGUGUGCUUCAUCGUCGCGCGCCAGCUGCAUCAGUCGAUUCGGCUCCGUCCGCCCUGCCUGCCCCUGCGCAGUCUCUCCCUAGAGAAUGACAAGCUGACUUGCUUAGUGGCGUCUUCCCUUUUGCCGUUUUCCGCCUUCUUCUUCAUGCUGCCGGCAGUCUUCUCUCCCUCGGCGCCUCUCGGCUCCGCGGGCGCGUUGGGCGCGCCGCCGCCGGGUUCGGAGCUGGGGCAUUAUGCGGGCGCGUCUACUCCUUUCUUCUCUUUCACGCCGACCCAUGGCCUAGUGCCGACUCUGCUCAAUCCGCUGCUGGCCUUUUUGACGUCGUCGUCCUCCAUGACGCUGCCUCCGUCCUCUUCCCCGUCUUCGUCGCUUGCUACGCUUUGGUCUCAGAAGGUUACCUUCUACCGCAACCAGAGAAACCUGAUUGCGUCGCUGCUGCCCUUCCUCCUGCGCUCGCCGUCUCUCCUCGGCGCCCUCACCGCCUCCGUUGACGGCAAGCGGCUGCUGGCGCGCCUCGAGACAGACUCGAGCCUGCCGGAGGACGACGGGCGCUCCAGGCCCGCAGGCGCCCAGCCGAAAGGCCGCAGAGGCUCGGCGCUGAAGCGGCGAGCGAGGGACGAUCUCGCUGAAGAGGAAAGGAAGGCGAAGGGCGGGGACCGGGAAGACCGGCGGCGAAGGCAAAGGGUCUGCGGCGGCCUCGCAGAAAAGGACGAGCCGCCCGUGUUCGCGUCCGUGGGGGCGGGCUUGAGCGAAGAAGAGCUCCUCCAGCUCCGCUACCAAAAGCUGCCGCAGGGCGAGUUCUGGUUAGGCGGCAAAGGAGGCGAGCCGCCCGCUGGCGACAGGCAGGCCGCGACUCCGGGCGACAGAGCUGGGGGGACAGGCAGCACGUGUGUCGAGGCGUUCGGAGACGGCGACGAGGCCAGACUGGACUUGAAGGUCGACGAAGGCAAACAACGUCCACGCGCGUCCUCUGCGUCUCUCCUCGCUGUCGCAUCUGAAACGGAGAUCGGCGCAAGUAGCGCAGACGAAGGCGCUGCGGCAGCGUCGCGACUGCAGCUGCCGUCUGCACUCUUUUCAGCCGCCUCCCGCAGUCGGCUCGGGGCUUCUCUUUUCGCGGCCUUGUCCACGCCUCUCCUGUCUCCUGCACCCUGGGCUGCGCAGUCGCCUUCGUCGUUGGUACCUCAUGCGCCGGGCGGGCCUGCGUCGACGCGAGAGAAGACGCACCGUGUCAUUCGCCAUGGCGGCCUGACCGUUCUCAACGUGGGCACCCCGCUGUCCUACGACGGAGGCGUCCACGCGUUCCCGGUCGGCUUCGUCGCCCUCAGGCGCUUCUGGGUGCCGCCCUGUCUGCAGACCCGCGUGAGUUGCCUGCGGAGACUCGACGCAGAUGCCCAGCGAGGAGGAUGUGAAAAGCUGACGCCGCCGCCGGCUCGAGCCUCCCCCGGCGCCUCGGCGGAGACGGGCAGCGCGGCGGCGAGACUGCCGAAGAAGGAAGGCCAGAGAGAAGCAGGCGCGCCCGCGCAAGAGGAAUAUCAGGAGGACGAAGAGGCUGCCAAACGUGGUGUGAGCGAGGAGAUGCAGAGGAGUGGAGAGUGCAGAGGACCUGCGAGGCGCGGCUGGGAAGAAGAAGGCCGCGUGCCGCUGAGAGCCUCCUAUGUCUGUUCGAUCUCGCUGAAGGAUGGAAGGCCCUAUUUCACCAUCGACCUUCUGGCCUCCUCGCUCGGGCACAGAGCGCCCACCUGCGCCUGUCUCUUCACUGCGCUGCCGGCGUCCGCCUCCUGGGAUCGCAGUGCGCCACCUCAAGAAAAGGGCCAGGCGCCUCCGCCUCUCGCCGGGAAUGCAUGCGACGGGGAGAGGGCUCAAUUCGACCGACCCACACACACCCAAGGCGUCCUGCAAGCUGAAGGCCGCACCAACGGCCUGCAGACAGAGGCGAGCGGCGGCAGCGCCAGAGGCGGAGGAGGCGAAGAGACACCGGCUAGCGUUUGCCGGCCUGUUUCCGGCUGGCGCCUGGCUGCGGGACACGAUAUCGAGGCGACGUUCGCGCACUUCGUGUCUCUUUUUCACUUCCGCCACCCCGAAUCCGCGGGCGCCUGUCAGCCGCUUUCGCAUGGAGAGGCGCAGGCCUCUGAGAAGCGAAAGCGAGACGACGGCCGAGAGACCAGCGAGCCACACAAGAGACAGAAACACAUGUCUAGCGAGCGCGAGAGGCGCGAGGGCCUUGGCGCGGCGAAGGACAACGCGCGACCCGCUCCUUCGUGGGAGUUCUCCAUCAGCGCCAUCACCUUCUUCGGGGUGGAUUCGCCCUACGUAGUUGAGCAGCUCAAGCCGAAAAUCGUCGACGUCCUCGCGUGGCGGGCCUUGACGCGUCUCGGCGAAGCGCAUCACAGUCGCCUCGGCGUGCUCCUGGGCACGUGCCACCGCAUGGAACAGUGGGAACGCCGAUGGCCCCGAGGAACUUUCUCCGCGCCGCAGCCCCAGGGCGGCGGGCGCGAGCGGGACGGCCGUGGAGAGCCUUCUCUCGGCGUGCCCCAGGAUCUCCUGCUUCAACCUCCGGAAGAGGAGACAAGCGGAGAAAACUUGGACGACCUGAUGGUGUGCUCCUUCAAUCGCAUCAGCGAAAAAGUAAGGCACAUACCACAUCGCCGGCGACGCACUCGGGCUCCCAGACGCGUCGCCGCUUUCUGUCCCGGCUGUUGCUUUCUCCGCGGCGGCGGGCGCGCCGUCGGCGUCUGCUGCGCUGCCGCUGCUGGCAGCCGGGGGGGCGGAGGGGCGUCUUCGCGCUCGGCUUCGGUCCUCUCCCGCGCGCGGGCGAAGCGGCAGUUUGAGCAGCUGCCGCCUUCCAUGCAGUACCGCUACCUGCAGUCUGUCGCCGUCGACGACCGGCUCAGCGUGCGCUCGAGUCGCAUUCACGGCCAGGGCCUCUUCGCGAACGUCCCGCUGGCUGAGGGCGAGCCGGUCAUUGAGUACGUCGGCGACGUUGUGCGCAACUGCGUGAGCGACCAGCGCGAAGCGCUUUACGAAAAGCAAGGCGGCGGCGGCGACGGGGCCUGCUACAUGUUUCGCCUCGAUGACAACUUCGUCGUGGACGCGACGCGCGCAGGGAAUGUCUCCAGGUUCAUCAAUCACUCUUGCGAGCCGAACUGCACAUGCCGCAUUCUGGUCUGCGAGGCCGGUCUGAAGCACAUCGUGAUCAUCGCGAAGACGGCGAUCGGCGCCGGCGAGGAAAUCACGUACGACUACCAGUUCGGCAUCGGCGGCGAGACUGACAAACUCGCCUGUCUCUGCGGCGCGCGGACGUGCUUGGGGCGAAUGAACUAA